AUGUCUUCACGCCAAAGAAAAUCAGUAAAUACAGAGGCCAAAGAAACUAAGAAUGAGUUGGCACCAAAUUUAAAAGCACAAAUAGGGAAAACUUGGGGUCGUGAUAGAGGAUUUUCAAAAGAAGCUUUUGACUCUGUAGUAUUACAAAAACUUCCUCAGUUUGCUUGGGAUGGAUUAAAAAUAUAUGUAUCAUGGUUAAGUUUUCAGGCAAUUCUUUACGCAGUAUUGCCAGCAAAAAUAGGAUAUGGUCAGCAGACACCCGCGGGAUAUAUUCUACCCUAUAAAGUAAACGGGUUACUAGCUUGGUUUAUUACUCAUAUUCUUUUCCUUGUAGGCGCAUUCUAUUUCAAUUGGUGGGAUGCAUCUAUAGUCCAUGAUAAUUGGGGCUCUCUUCUCAUUGCAGCCAAUAUCUAUGGAUAUUUUCUUACAUUCUUUUCAUAUGCAAAGGCAUAUAUUAUGCCUUCACAUCCAGAAGAUCGUAAAUUUUCAGGAAGUUUCAUUUAUGAUUUAUUGAUGGGUAUUGAAAUGAAUCCACGUUUUGGGAAAUAUUGGGAUUUUAAAUUAUUUCAUAAUGGAAGACCUGGAAUUAUUGCUUGGACCUUAAUAAAUUUGUCAUUUGCCGCUGCUCAAUAUAAUCAAAUUGGAUAUGUAACAAAUUCUAUGAUUUUGUUAAACUUUUUGCAUGCUGUUUAUGUAUUGGAUUUCUUUUACAAUGAAGAUUGGUAUCUAAGAACAAUAGAUAUUGCACACGAUCAUUUUGGAUUUUAUUUGGCGUGGGGUGAUACUGUUUGGCUUCCUUGGAUGUCCCAUUACUUGGUUCGCAACACUAUUGAUCUUUCUACUCCUUAUUUUCUAUUUGUGCUCGCAGUUGGGUUGUCUGGGUAUUAUAUUUUUCGAGCAGUUAAUCACCAAAAAGAUGUUGCUCGUCGGAUGAAUGGUGAAUGUAUUAUAUGGGGAAAACCUGCACGAUAUAUCAGAACACAUUUUGUUACGAGUGAUGGAAAAGAACAUAAUAGUAUAUCACGUCAUUUCAACUAUGUUGGUGACUUGCUUAUUUCAUCAGCAAUGUGCUUAGCUUGUGGGUUUAAUCAUUUGUUGCCAUAUUUUUAUAUCAUUUAUAUGUUUAUACUUUUAAUUCAUCGUAUUUACCGGGAUGAUGCACGAUGCCGAGGAAAGUAUGGAAAGUAUUGGGAUAAUUAUUGUCAAGUUGUCAAAUGGAAAUUACUUCCAUAUGUUUUUUAA